AUGGCUUCCCACACCAAUUUAUCUUUCGUAUUCCCAGCAGACGAAGAAGAAGUUAUCGGACAUCCAACGCCACUGUUCUCCGCCACUCCUCCUCCUCGUCGUCGCCAAUGGUGGUCACGACCAAUAGCUAUUCAUCCGGCAUUUAAUGGUCGUCAACCCACUUUCAAGGAAAAAGCGGCUUACUGUUCACCCUGUUGCGGCGGCCUUUUCACCUUCGUCGCCGUGAUCUUAAUCUUAUACUUCGCUGACAAAGCUCACUGCCACGCCAAAUUCUCCAUCCAGUCAAUCACCGUCCUCCCUCCCCCGCCACUUGGCACGUUGAUUUCCUCGUGA